AUGGCGAGCGCAGGUGCUGACGGAAGGGCGAAGGCCAUGCGCGCCGUCCAGGCCCUGUUCGAUCGGUACAAGCUCAUCGCUGCGCAGCGCCCAAACGGCCAUGUGGACUUCGACAGCGAGGUGAUGAAAAAGAUGAAGCUAGUCGACGCCGGCCCGGAAGGUUACGUCCAAUUUGAGCUCACCAUCGGCAACGAAUUCUCGAAUCUGAACGACGUGAUGCACGGCGGAGCCGCCGGUGUUAUUUUUGACAUGGCUACCACCUCCGCGCUAAAUCCCCUGUCGCGACCUAAUUUCUGGUUCUUCAUGGGCGGUGUCACCCGCACUUUGAACAUCUCAUAUUUACGUGCAGUUCCCAUUGGCACCACUGUGCUGCUGACUUCACGCGUUGUCCAGGCCGGGAAGACCAUGGCCAUGAUCAGGGGCGAAAUGACUUCGCUGGAUGGCAAGAUUGUGUACGCCACGGCCGAUCAUCACAAAGUCAAUGUUCCUAUGAACGAUAAGCACGCGAAGUUUAGGCUGCCUUGGGAUGACGAAAUUGAGGCCGAGGCCGAGAGAGAGGAAGAAGCCAAGAGAAAGGCUAGCAAGCAGGCAAAGCUCUAG